AUCUUUGAACUGUUUUACAAAGCUGUAGUUUUAUUAGCCUUUCCUGGAGGCACAAUCAUGUGUGACGUCAAAGCCUUGUGAGUUUACUUUGGUCACAUGGUUCAGUUCCCCGGUGACGAUCAACCAUCCACACCCUUGAUGAGACAAACACAUUUGUUGCCAUUUAUUGCCAUACAGACUUGGUACAUUUGGUGCCUCAUGACCUUCAAAGAAUAGAAGAAAACUGUUAGCACUCUCAACAUCUGGAUUUGUCAUCUGCCUCACCGUUGGAGAAUGAAGGCACGUGCCCCACCUCCACCGCAAGCCCCUCAACCUGCUCCACGCCACAUCUUCAGAAAUGCUGUACCUGAUGGGGGAGGGACAUCAGGCAUGGAAGCCAAGGAGAACAUACUGAGUCCCUCUGUGGAUUUACAACUAACUUUACCACGGGGAUACCAGACUUCUGUAACUGAGGAUGGCAGUAAGGCGCUGAUGGACCUGCUGGUCGAGCUGUGUAGCCGCUACCACCUGAAUCCAGCACUGCACACCCUGGAACUGCUGUCACCAGAGGGCCACUCUUUGGGGUUCAAGCCCAACGUGCUGCUGGGCUCCCUCAACGUGGCCCGUGUCGUCAUCAAGGAGAAAGUCUGGGAGGAGAAAGUGGCGCGCAGGCCCGCACCUAAAGUGCCAGAAAAAACAGUUCGUUUGAUGGUGAACUACCACAGCAGCCAGAAGGCAGUGGUUCGGGUCAACCCACUGGUACCACUCAAGGAUCUGAUACCCGUCAUCUGUGACAAGUGUGAGUUUGACCCUGCACAUGUCCUGCUCCUGAAGGACAACAUCAGUCGCCACGAGUUACAGCUGGACAAAUCGCUGACAGAGCUGGAUAUCAAGGAGCUCUACGUACACGAUCAGAGUUUAGUUCUUCAGCCUAAAAUGGCUUCUGCCCCUGCUCUUAACUACUCAGACCCCAUCCGCUCCAGCACUACCAGUUUAGGCGGAACAGAGAAGAAAGGCUUCCUGGGUAUCUUCCAGUUCGGCAGGAGGAAAUCCAAGACAGAGACAACAUCUAUGGACAUGGGUGACUGUGAUGAUAAACUAAUCCAAAAUACAAUCACACAAUCCACUGGUCUGUCCACAGUGUCAGGGGUACCCAGCGUAGAGGAUCGGCCCAGCACCUUGGGUCAGUCUCAGUCAACCAUGAACAUACCCAGGAUGUCUCCCAAAGCUGAGACCAAGAAGAGGAGGGCCCCAGCACUACCUGGGGCCCCAACACCCACCAUGGGGCACACUAACUUUGAGGGCUAUCAGAAGGACCUUGGUUCAGAAAGCCAGCAGAGGAAACGGAAGGCUCCAGCACCUCCUUCCACCCCGGCUUCCAUCACACCAGGCCCUGGCAACACUUCAACCUCUCCCAGUCCCACCCUCAACACCUCUGCCACUGAAACACCUACCCCAGCCUCUCGCACCAAGAUGGCACAGUCAAGCACCAUCUCCGCUACCACUGUGGAAACACACACAGUAAAACCAGCCACUUUGAAAACAGCAGUACAACCUCCACCUGUGUGCACUGUUACCCCAACCCCCAGCUCCCCGAACCCAAGCUGCAGCACCACCGACAGCCUCGCUGUCCAGGACUCCAGCUCUGAACUCAGCCACAGCCUUGAAGACUCAGACCCUUAUCUAGACCAAACUGGUUCCCAAUGCAGCAGCCUCACCAGCAGCACAGUGAGCGGGUCUGUGCUGGUCCAACCCGCUAUGAAAAUCUACCCUGGCAGAAUGGAGGAAUCGGAAAAGUCCACCAGCAUGGCUGCCAAAUUAAAUCAAGAUGCAACCUCAGCCAGCAGCUCCAGGUCGGAGACUGAGUCAGCCUUAAAUCUGAAGCUGGAUGACGUUGAGAACAACAGACACAGCGCAAUGGGAACCACUGAUCGACCCGUACCACCCAAACCUCGUCGUUCCCUGCCCCGGGAGCUACCCCAGCUUGCCUUACCCGCUACCCCGUCCUCCCUUCCCAUUGAACCCACAGAAAGCAACUCCCUACAGAGUCCCAUGGAAACAGAGGAAGCAGCUCCCCAGUCUUGGCUCCACUCCAUGCAGAGCUCCACAGCCACUGGCCAGAAACCAGAAACUGAAAUUCCCGAGGAGGAGACCAUGUCCUUGGCGAGUAGCAGUGGUGGCAGCAGCCUUCCCGACCAGGGUUAUGCCGCCUCUGAGGGCAUGGCAGAGGGCGAGGACUCAGGCAUGGUCAGUUCUCCAUCUGACACCCAACCCACAUCCCCAGAUGGGAGCUUGUCUCUAGAUGGAAGCAGUGGAGGUGGAGGAGAGAGACUGCUGGGACCAGUGCGGGACACUUCCAGUGACAGUGAUGAGGGAUGUGCCACGUGGGGAUCAAGACACAGGCACAACGACAUCAGCCCACAUGCAGAAAAAGACAGAUUAAAAGACAGCUAUGAAGACGACCCAGAGCUCACGGCCCAGAUCCAUCAGACUUUGGCAGAUUUUGACGCAGACCUUGCAGAUCACAUAGAUGUAGUCUCAGCAAAGGAAACUUUCAAUACCAUGUCCACAGACAGUAAUGAAGUGCCAGUGUCCGUAGUGGACAUGGAUGUGCCAGUUACAGCCAUAGAUGAAGUACUGGAGGACUAUGAAUGCAAAAUUGCAGAAAAUGAGGCAAAGUCACUGACCAGGACUGAGUCGGCUGGCAGCAAAGGUCCAGGCUUUUUCCACCCGUCCAGCGUAGAGCCACAGAACAAAAACAAUAAUGCUUGUACAGCUGCUGACACUAAUAAAAAAAGCAAGGCACAUACUAAGCAGUCUCAACUUGAGCAGCGUAAGAAGUCACUGGAGAACAAGUCUAAAGGUGAUAAAAAGGAAGAAAAGAUGCCAGAGACAAAAAUUAAAGGGAUGACUAUCACAGACACCAAUUGUGUGAAAAAGGAUAAACAAAGAACGUCAGCUGUUAAAUCCAGCAUCGACAUGCAGAAACACAGCAAGAGCACUGACAUCAAACCUGAUCCUGUGAAAAAUAGUGCCCAAUCUUUUCAAAAGAAGAAGGACAUUCUUACACCAACUGGUCAGAGAACAGUGUCUCCAGAAAGAGAUGAAGAGAUACACAGAGUUAACCAAAAUAGCUCUGGCUCCAACACUUCACAUGGUAAAAUAACUCACAACGUCACAUCACGCUUUGGUAUGAAAACUUUCACUGUGGUCCCUCCCAAACCUACUGUCUUACAUGCUGCUACGGGAGUGCCAGCUGUCAGAUCAACUGUCGGUGCCAUUAAGAUUGAUGAUCAAGGAAACAUGGUGAAAGUGGGUAUCUCUCAUAACGAAUUUAGUCGUUCAUCAGAGUCAGGAAUUGAUGACAGUAAAAGGUCCCCACUUCUUGGAAAAGCCAAGGCUUUUUGGAGCUCAAACGAGAGACAAGAAAGCACUGUGCCCCACAACAAAGAUCUCAUUGAUGAGGCUAAGGAUAGCGCAGAUGGCCUGAAAAGUACUCUUGCUUCAAUCUCAGAAACUACAAUGAAAUCCAGCAACAUCGAGGACCUGAAAACAAAGCAAGCUUCACUUAUUAAACCUGUAGAGAAACCUAAGCCUAAAGAGAUGGUUAAAGAUGCUGAGGAACCGGUGAAAGACAUCAAAGCGCCAGCAGAGCGGGUAGACAUGGAGAACAAGAUUUCAGCGUCCAAACACGUUCCACAACCAAGUAAUAAACCUACCAUUCCUCCUUCUAUCCCUCCAGACUUGAGAAACGACCUGUCUUUCCUCAAACCAUCAAGACGAACCUCAAGCCAAUAUGUGGCCUCUGCCAUCACUAAAUACACCUCAAAUAAACCCAACCCAAUCCCUAACCUACCUGGCUCCUCUGCUUCUUUGAAAACUCAGACGAUCGGUUUCCAGAGAUUAGGUCGCUCCAUACAAGUGAAUCCACAUCAUUCUUCCCAGUCAUUUUUGUCAGAUAAUAAGGAAAGCGAAUGUGCUUUUAAAUCCACCCCCCCUGGUCCUAAGGCAUCUAUAAAUUGCCCAGAAUAUGUGUCAGAUAGCCGAAGGGAUUUUGUAGAAGUGAGACCAGACAGGGGAGGAUUUGGAAGUAGCAUUGGAUCUAUCAAAGGAAAUGCUAACACACUGGAAACAGAAAUAUCCAAGAAGCACAUUCAGUCUAGUGGCCUCACCCAAAUAAAUAUGGCUGCCAAUAACGAGAGAGAUAAUAUUAAACAUAUUCCGUCCAGAAGCUCCAGCCCUGCACUAAGCAGUCCCCAACCUUCAUCUGACAAACCAUCCAUAGCCCCUAAGACCAAGACGCAAGGCCAGACAGGUAACACGAUGGACAGAACUGAGGCAGUUGCCCAUCUAACUCCCAAUGCAAAAUCACAACCUGUCACAGUGGCAGACAGCGGUGUCACCCCUGGGCCUCCACCUGUGACAGUGUUUGGGCCGGUUAAAAAGUUCCGACCAGUGAUCUGUAGAUCUGUCGAGAAAGAGACGUCACUACACAGCAGCCUGAUGGAAGCAAUCCAGACAGGUGGUGGCAGGGACAGGCUGAAGAAGAUGAACAAUUCUGGUCCCAGCAGUAAGAAGAAAACAUCUUAUGUUGAGGAGGAGAAUGAGAGAUCUGCUCUUCUGGCAGCCAUUAGAGCCCAGAGCAACUCCGGAAGGCUGAGGAAGACCAAAUCUGAGGCUGCCGAUGAGCUUGAGAGGUUCAGGAAGGCAUCUGAUGAGGAGACAAGUGCAGGCCAUCCCUCUUCUCCCUCUCCUUCUUCUUUGACUUCUUCUGGUACUUCUCCUCCUGUCUUUACCCCACCACCACCACCAACACCCAUGACUGCACCUCCACCUCCUCCUCCUCCUGUGUUGCCACAGGCUAAGCCUAGCACUGUGGCACAUCUGAGUGCUGAUGCCCCCAUGAACCCUGCCUUGGCCAGAGAGGCUAUGCUGGAGGCUAUUCGCUCUGGAUCUGCUGCCGAGAGGCUAAAAAAGGUCGCUGUGCCCACAAAGACGGUCAAAGUGAACGGCAGACUGGGAACAAUCCAAGCAACCUCCUCAGCUCUCCCUCGACAAUAAGAGGGGAAGCCCACAUCACCACAACAAGAAAUAAUUCAUCAAGUUGAAUUUCACAUUUUUGUUUUUUGUUUGUUUUUGCCAUUGUGCUUCUACAACAGACAUUUGGAAAAAACACAUUUUGGAUUGAGUUCUGUUGAAAGUUUCAGGAAACUUUAAAUGUAACAAAAAUUGCAAAGUAUAAAAUAAUAAUUAAGAUUUAUUUUUUCAUGCUGUCUAUACACACUAUUCAAAAAGGGCUUCACAGCUCUGACCACCAGUCUGGGGCCUUAUGCGUAAACUAAUACACUAAUGCUCAUAGAAUUUCAUACAAACAAUGAUUUAAAUAUUUCUUCUUGAAAAAAGAAUGUUGCUCUCUUAGAAGACAAACCUCAGUAAUAUCUAUCUGAUAUAGGUGUCAUAGGUGAAAGUUAGACUCUAUCAAUAGCUCAUCCUGCGUCUGUCUUUAUAACAUAUUCCUAAACAUGUCUUGCCAUCUGUACUAACUGGAAAAUGUGUGCCAAUGAAAGCAAAUUUGAAUGGUUAAUACUACUUUCUGAUCUAAUUUUAUUAUUAUUUUUUUUUUUCAAAGCUUUUUACCACAGUUAAGUUAUGGAUGCCUUAUACUAUUGCUUGGUCAGUGUUAUGUAUAUGAUGCUUGCUUUAAAAAUUCUAUAUGGGGUGCAAUAAAUUGUAUCUGAUGAUGUUUCCAGAAUUUAACUACUUAAUAUUUGUUAAUAAAUUAAGAUAAUUGAAAAUGUAAGUACAUUUGAGAAAAUAAUGGCUAGAUCCACUGACAAUGUUUGAUUCCUUAAAGUGUGUUAUGUCAUCCAGAUCUGGUCCAUGAUGCCAACUUUUUCACUUCUUGGCUCUGAAAAGGAGUACAGAAGGAGGUGACUGACAAGUGCCUGUUAGCUCAAUGUGCUUCUGUUUUUUGUUUUUUUUUUACUAACCUUGAGUUGUGCUGCUACUGAAAAUCAAGACACUGUCAUACACAGUCAGUGCCCUGCAGAAACCUUUACUUGUAAAGUAGCAAGAUGACUGACUGUGCCUUUGACGUUUGAUGUAUUAGAGAAGUUAAGAUAAACCUUUACUUUCUUUGACAUUUCCGCAUUUUUGAAGCAUUGUUAUUGAAGCGUAUCAAUGGUGGAUGCCACCAUGAGCAAAGAGAUUAUUUUAGCAAUCGUCGCAUCACUAGCAGUACGUAGCGGGUAUGUAAUACAACGCAGCAGUUGUAGGUGAAUUUGAAGUUUAUAGUGUGGAGUAGCUCUGGUUGAGAAAAGGAGAGUGGACCUCUGCCGUUAAAUGGUAGUUAUGGCUGAAGUUGGAUGUCCACGCUGAAUCAUACUUAGAAUGAAGGAAAACCCAGAGCAUCCACUUUCAGGUGUAAAUGCAUGCUGCAGUGGAAUAAAAUUAGAGAUUUAUUUUGAUUUAUAAUUUCAACACUCACAAUGUUUUACUGUUGUAUUUUUUAUCCUGAGAGCGAAAACCUUGAGAGCUUUUGUUUUGUUGUCUGUUUUGUUUUUUUCUUUCACUAGAAGGGAUUGUUUCAUUUCUUCAAGAUGGUUUCAUUUACACGCAAUAGCCUACAGCACACUGUAGCAUUGUUUAUUUUGUAAAGAAAAGAAGAAAUAUCUGCACUAUCAAUAAUCUGUCACUGAUAGUGAGAAUUUUUUAUAAGCUAUUGCUUUUUAAGUUUUGAGUGCACAUUGUUUUUGUGACAGUUAUUUUUGUCUACCUAAUUUUUGAUUCAAUAAAUAUUUUUUUUUAAUCAAGUGAAAACUGACUUGCAGCU